CAUUGAACCUUCGACACCCAGCACUAGCAAUUGAAGCCUGAAACUAUCGGGCCCCUCAACGACGCAAUGGGUCCCCCACGUCCUCGCCUCGAAGGCCCGCAUCCCAUCAAAGUCCCUCCGGUUCGCCCUCUAUACAGAUUUAUGGCUACCGGUCUCGGCGCAUCUAUGUGGUUCUUUUUGAUGUACCGCGCGAAGCAAGAUAUGCCCGUCCUUCUGGGCUGGCGACACCCUUGGGAUCAUUGAGCGGUGGAGACAGAUUCGCGAAAUACGACGAUGAAAUGUACAUAAACAGCGGGCGAUUUCAUAUCCAAGCAUCAGCAGGACGGAAAUGAAUCAAAUCUAUCAACCAAACCUUGCGAAUGUUCUCCUAUGCUGCUUCCCCCGGUUGUGUAUCUCGAUCCGGUGCGAUGCGCCAGCCGAACUGUAGGGAACUUCUUAUCAUGCCGAUGUGUUUCUCUGUGCAGUGGAGAAGCCAAUUGGAUCGAAGAUCACGUUCAAAAAUGGCCUGGCCGCUAUCCAAUUCCCCCCUUUUUAGCCCUUACAUAUCUUGUUUCCGAAGAUUUAUCAUACCAUUUUCUUCCGGCUCCUUGCAUCAUGCAAUGUUCCUCAUCAAGGCCACAAGAUAGCAGAACAAUGGGUUUGAUAGCAAGUGGAUAAACUUCCAGCCCAAUAUGUAUUUACAGAAUAACUAAGAAUGGAUGAAUGACCAG